GAGCGAUUGGGGCCCGGGCAGCCGGCAGCGGACGCGCCCCCCGAGCCCACCGGCCCGCGCCCCACGGCCCCGCGGCCCCGAUCCCGGCCGCGCCGCCCGCGUCCCCCGAGCCCGCGCCCGAACCCUGCGGGCCAUGCCCGGCCGGCCCUAAGCGCGGGCCGGGGGGGCGUCCCCUUGCGCCCGGGCCCCGCGCUGGCGCCCCCCGGGCCGCCGCCCGGCGCGGGGGCCAUGGCGUUCACCUUCGCCGCGUUCUGCUACAUGCUCACCCUGGUGCUGUGCGCCUCUCUCAUCUUCUUUGUCAUCUGGCACAUCAUAGCCUUUGACGAGCUGCGGACCGACUUCAAGAACCCCAUCGACCAGGGGAACCCAGCGCGGGCACGCGAGCGUUUAAAAAACAUCGAACGCAUCUGCUGCCUCCUGAGGAAGCUGGUGGUCCCAGAAUACUCCAUCCACGGCCUCUUCUGUCUGAUGUUUCUGUGUGCAGCAGAGUGGGUGACCCUGGGCCUCAACAUCCCCCUCCUCUUCUACCACCUCUGGAGGUACUUCCACCGUCCUGCGGAUGGCUCUGAGGUCAUGUAUGACGCAGUCUCCAUCAUGAAUGCUGACAUCCUCAACUACUGCCAGAAGGAGUCCUGGUGCAAACUCGCCUUCUACCUGCUCUCCUUCUUCUAUUACCUGUACAGUAUGGUUUAUACGUUGGUGAGUUUUUAAGGGGGAAGCCGGCCAGGGAGCGAGCCCAGAACGGACCGGACGCCUGUGCACCCCCAGCCCUGCCCCUGGGCCGCAGAGGCCUCAGCCCCGGGGAGGGAGGGGGCACUGGUGCCCCCAGCCUCCUCUCCCCCCCACCCAAACUGCUGCUGCGGGGACUUCCCGCCUUCAGAGCCCCCUCCCCUUGGACUAGGGCUGGGCAGAGCUCUAAAUAGGGGCAGGAGCUCCUCUGCCAGCCUGUGGGCAUGGCAGUCAGUCCUGGAAGGGGCGGGACCUCCAGCCUUGUCCACUUCAGAGGGCAUUUAGGCCCUGCCACGGGGCAGGGCUUGACCCUGGAAGUUCUGGGCCGCCCCCUCCACCCCCCACCCUGGGGCUCCCCCUGCAGGUGGGGCGGUACCCACACCGGGAAUGAGCAGGCUCAGCAGGGGGGCAGCCCCACCCCUAGUCUGCCCUCCCCCCUCCCCCAGGCUUUCUCUCCAGACCCCUCCCUGUCCCCCCUUGCCCCAACCCCAGCCACCCUGUCUCUUGGACCUAUUUUCUAUGUUGCCUGGAGGAGUCCGGCACCCCCUCCCCGGCCAUUUGU